AUGUGCGUUACUCCAUUCGAUAGAUUAUACGGAUGGGGACCCAUAAUCACUCUCUUAAUUAUAAAAAUAGUGUCGUUGACAACAGUUUAUUGUAAUGCACAGUGGUGGCCCCCACAACAUUCAAUAGGUGGACUUUUAAAUGCGACAACAUUUCUUUUUUUAUGCGUGUUAGUUAUAUCAAAUUUUUUAUCAACAGUUUUUAACGGACCUGGUUUUCUACCUAAAGAAUGGAAACCUGGUAACAGUGAUACUAAAUAUUUACAAUUUUGUAAUGUUUGCCUCGGUUACAAGGCACCCAGAUCUCAUCAUUGUAAAAAAUGUCAGAGAUGCGUUUUAAAAAUGGAUCAUCAUUGUCCAUGGAUAAACACUUGUGUUGGUUUUAAAAAUCAAGCUCAGUUUAUAUUAUUUCUUUUAUUCGCUUUUUGUGCCUGCAUUCAAAGUACUGUAAUAUUAUCAUGUUCCCUUUACAGAGCACUCAAUCGAACGUGGAAAUUUAAGGGAUGGUAUUUACAUUUUGGAAGGGGUACAGAUCCUCUUGUGACACUCAGUGGAAUCGGAACAGUUUCAUGUGUUUUUUCAUUAGGUUUAUCAAUUGGUGUUGUUUUAGGAGUUGGCAUAUUACUUUUCUUUCAAGUGAGAAGCGUUAUGAGAAAUCAAACAGGAAUUGAAGAUUGGAUAGUUGAUAAGGCCGUUCAUAGAAGGUUGGUGGCACAUGCAAAGGGUGAACCCAUUGAACCUUUUGUUUUUCCAUAUAAUUUGGGACUCGUUCAAAACGUACUUCAGGUUUUCAAUCGGGAUUUGACACCGAUCGGUGAUGGAAUUUAUUGGUCGAUCGCAUCGAAUUUAAAUUGCGAUCAAUACACUCUCACGAGAGAACAAAUCGAACAAAAAAGUGAGAAGAAAUCAAGAGCGAAACCUUAUGCCGUUGUGAAAAAAUAUUCCGGACGUUGGUUUCCGGUUGUUUUUGGAUUCAAAGUUUUAUUUUCGAUUCCGUGCACGGAUGAAAAUAGAUUACGAUUAAACGUCGGUGAUAACGUUUUGGUUACCAGAUGGAGAAAGAAUUGGUUGUUUGGCGAAAUGAUAAACAAAGAGGGUGGAGAUCAAAUUGAACAAAAGGGUUGGUUUCCUCGUUGUUGCGUCAUUGAAAUCAACGGUAACAAAUUAUCUAAAUCUGUGACUGACGACGAUAAAAAAACGCGAUGA